GAUACAUCUAGACGUCAAACACCACAGUCUGUAUAUUCUCACAGUCAGAUGGUUUACCUCAGAACAUGUGGUGAUAUGAAAAUAAUUCCUGCCAAUUACAUACUGAAAAACCUACCAACAGAUCGACUAGUAUUAAAACAUCAUAUACUGGGUCCUAGAGGUACCAAAGCUCUUGCUGUAGCUUUAGUGGAGAACUCAACAGUGCAAGUAUUAGAUCUAGAGGAUAAUGGUAUAGGUCUAAGAGGUGCCACUUAUUUAGCUGAAAUGUUAGAAGAAAACAAUUUCAUUACAGAGCUGAGAUUAGCAGAUAAUUUGUUAGGUGGUGAAGGGGUUAAAGCUAUACUAGAUGUUAUUAAAGAUCCAGAUUUUAUACGUGUAUUAGAUUUCUCAGGUGCAGACUUACAAGAAAGCGAUGGUCAUCUUUUUACACAAAUUAUUGAGGACUCUCACAAUUUGAAAGAAUUAUAUUUAAAUCACAAUUCCUUCAGAGAAGUUGGUGGGGAACUGAUAGGAGAUGCAAUAGGUUGGAAUGAUACAUUAGAAGUGCUAGAUUUGAGUUGGAACCAUUUACGUCUGAAGGGUGCGGUGUCCAUAGCUCAGGGAUUAGCAAUUAACGAUGGUAUCAAAGUGCUUAAUUUAUCCUGGAAUGGUUUUCAUUUAAGUGGUUGUAAGGAACUAGCUAAGGCAUUAGAAAAGAACAGUACGUUAGAAGAAUUAGAUAUCAGUGCUAACAGAAUUAGUAAAAUAUGCCUUACAGAAUUAAUAAAGGGUCUGGCAAAAAACGAAACAUUACGAGUGCUAAAACUGUCUCAUAAUCCAAUAACAUCAAGUGGUGCCUUAUAUAUACUAAACAAUAUUAAAGAUGUUACAACUUCCGCAUUACAAGAAAUUGACCUUGGUGAUCAAUGUGUUGAACCAGAGUUUGUCAGAGUUUAUGAAGAAUUAAAGGAAACCAGAAAUUUAACGAUAACCCAUGGAUCUGUUCUGGGCCAGGAUGGCACAGCAGAAGAUGACGAAGAGGAGUUGAUAAACGAAAACCCUGUAAUUGUUCUCAUGGAGUUUGGUAAAUUGAUGGGAUUACGACUGAUUGAUCUAUUCUCCAUGAUGGACAAAGAUAACAGUAAAACUUUAACACGGGAAGAAAUAAAACAAGGUCUACUGGAAGCCAAUAUUCCUCUGACAGAAAAAUGUUUAAAUAAAUUAGUUCAUAAACUUGAUACGGAUGGUGAUGGUGAAAUAGACUAUGGAGAAUUAAUGGCCGGAAAGGAAAUCCAUAGAAGAAAGUUGACUCAGACGAUAAUGCAAUCACGUGAUCAGCAAUUAUUAAUGGAGGAAACGGAAUUUGGGCGAGUUCGACAAAGAUUAUUAAAUCUCACAGCUAAACACAGGAGGGGUGGCAUGCGCUCUGGGUUUAGUACCAUUGCCGGUUUAAAGAAUAUCGGAGGGAAAAUCGUAGAAACGUUACCAACUCCCCCUAAAGCUUCAGAAAGAAGAAAAUCUGUUUCUGCCAAACUCCUUACACAAUUGGAAAUCUAGAUAGUGAUAGUGCCUGCAGUCAAAUGGCAGCAGGAUAUAUUGCAUAUUCGCCUUUAAGACUUUCAAAAAGUGGAUAAUAUUAUGAAGGUGCGUGUACAUUAGAACUGUAUGCCAAAUAUAUUUCAUUUUGUCUUUUUUUAAAAGUGGUAGUCGCCACGGGAUGGUAAAAAUGAGAAAUACAAGCCUUUCUCGUUUAGUUGUUGUUGCUUACCAGACAAAUAAAACACUGAUAUAGUGGAUAUUACGGUUAGCCCCGCCCCCCCCCCAUCCAUUCUCUUCAUUUGAUAUACAUUUGUAGUUUAUGUCUUGUCCGUGGGUUUGUCCUUUUCAAAUAAUAUUUCCAAAAAUUUCCGAAAACUUUGUCAGGUUGGUGGGGAUGGGGGCUUAUAUGAGCGGACUCGAAUAUAAAGGGAACAUAUAUAAAAAUAUAAUUGUUUCAAUCUUUAUGAAGACCCUUGAUAGCGUUUAAUUUUUUAAGUCAUACAUUUGGAAUUCAAA